UGCUCGGUGCAUCCAUCAUCGUCAUGUCCAUCGUCAUCAUGCACGUCCACGAUCGACCAUGGACAUGAUGGAGGAAUUGUAGUCUUGGACUCGCCAUGCUAACUUUUUUCCUUGGGCUGGGAGGGGUUCAAUGCACCCCCUCAACCGAUCGCCAGAGAUGUCUUUCAUUUUAAACCCUUGACAUGUCCCAAACAACAUAGGCCCCUCGACCUAUGAUGUAUUAAAAAUCCCCUCUUUGUUUUGAUAAGGAAGAGUUUAUGAAGGAUUCAUUUGACGUUGAUGCCUUUGUAGCAGAUUGCCGGCGUCGGGUCCAGCUGGAGACGCUUCGAGAGGACCUGCACAUUUACUUCAAAUCCCUCAAAAAUGCCAUGGUGGAACUCAUCAACAAGGACUAUGCAGAUUUUGUCAACUUGUCUUCCAACCUUGUUGGGUUGGACAAAGCAAUUGGUAAUCUCUCUAUUCCACUCGGCCAGUUCAAGGAGGAAGUCCUGACUGUCCGACAGGCCAUGGAUGAUGCUAUCAGGGUUGUUGAGGAGAAAAUGGCCGCCCGUGCAAGAUUACGAGAGAAAAAGGCAGUUCUUCAGAGGUUGAUCAACAUCACCAAGUCAGUGGAGAAGAUGGAGAGCAUCUUGAAGAUUGCAGGGUCCUCAACGACAGUGGACGGGGAGGAUGGAGAGGAUAGCAUAGAACUGUCUGGUCAGCAGAUAGAACGAGUGGCAUCUGAAUUCAACCAGCUUCAGUACUAUGUAACUCAGAGCAAGGGACUACCCCUCGUGGAGAAAAUCCGGCCGAGGAUAGCAGCCAUCACUGUCACCUUGCAGCACAGCUUGGAGAAGUCCUUCCAGGAGGGCCUGGAGACAGGACAGAAGGACAUCCUCAAACAGUGUCUACGAACCUACGCUACCAUCGACAAGAUGAGAGACGUGGAGGCUCUGUUUAGGAAGAUUGCAGUCAGGCCGUACAUGGAUGAGGUGAUUCACGCGAGGUCCCUUCAGAACCAGCCCCAGGGUUUAAAAGGUCUCUAUGUUCGUGUCUUAGACUUCAUUCCAAAGCACUGUAGAUUAAUCAGACAGGUCACUUCACCAAUGACCAGUUCCAGUGGCCAGGAUGUUGUUAGAGGGUACGACUUUCUGGUCAACGCGGUCUGGCCCGAGAUAGCCAGCAGUCUGGAAACGCGAACAACGUCCAUAUUUGCAGCAGGGAACCCAUCGACCUUUCAUGAGAAAUACCUGGCCACCAUGGAUUUUGUGGAACGCUUUGAGCUUCAGUGUGGUUCCCAGGCCAGUGUGAAGAGACUGCGGGCCCAUCCCAGCUUUCACUCCUUCAUGACCAAGUGGAGCCUGCCUGUCUACUUCCAGCUCAGAUUCCAGGAGAUCGCUGGUUCUUUGGAGACAGCCCUCAUCACUCCUUUCGACACACAAGCUCAUGAAGCUACAUCAGACUUGGAGCUGAAUGCCUUCCAGACUCUGUGGCAGUGUCUCCAUCGCUGCUGGCAGCAGGACGUCUACCUGUCGCCACUCUGCCAUCGAUUCUGGAAGCUGACGCUGCAGUUGCUGUCCCGCUGUGCUGUGUGGAUAGAAGAUGUCUACACUUCCCAGGUUGCGUCAGACACGCAGGAGUCUGAACCCUUAUCCAAGACAGAAACACCAAAGCCAGGGGCAUCAUCGGCCUUAUCGAGUGACUCUAGCUCCCAGAGUGACAGCGGCAAGGCCCUGACGGUGACAGUUGCUGGUGCUGCCACAAUUACCACUGUAGCUGCAGCUGGAGGCUCUGCUGCUAGUCCAUUGGUUACCAUCGCCCAGAUUGUCAGCCUGGUCGUUGACGUGGACCACAUAUGCAGCAAGUUACCCACUCUAUUUGACCGCAUCAUUCUACCUAGAGUAGUUGCUGCCAAUUGCAAGUCUGUUGACAUUCUCUCAGAUGCCUUUAAGGAGUCUCAGCAGAGCCUGUCGAGGCGACAGGAGGCAUUCGGUGAGCAUAUUGCCCAGGACGUCUGCAGCCAGUGUGCUGUACAUCUGAAAUCAGCCAAUGACAUUCCUCGUCUUUACCGGAGAACCAAUAGAGAGCUCCCCAACAAACCGUCAGCUUAUGUCAGCAACACGCUGAAACCCUUGCAGCUGUUUGUGGACGAACACGGUGUCAAGCUGAAGGAAGAGAGGAGAAACCAGUGGUUGAUAGGCAUCCUGACCAGCAUCUGUCAAAGCUACCUGACCAUCAGUUCAGAGCUCCUGUCCUCGGUCAAAAAGAUGGAGGACAGCCUGAAGCGACUCAAGGCACUGCGUAAGACGGACGCUGCAGCUGCUCCCACUCAGCAGGGUACCAGUGAUGAUGAUAAGAUCCGCCUGCAACUGGCUCUAGACGUACGCUACUUUGGUGAUCAGAUACAAUCGAUAGGAGUAUCAAGUGCUGACAUCCAGCCAUACCAGGAAAUACUGGAACUUGUGACAUCAUCAGUAUCCUCCAGAUGAACUGACAUCAUCGAACUCCGUGCCCCUCUCAGUACGGUCUUGGACCGCACAGAACUCUAGAUGAACUGAAAUUGUUAUUUGUAGUCAAUGGUUUCUUCAAGGACUCAGAAGUCUUCCCAUUUGUCUUAUAACCAUUGUGAAGGGAAUUUCCGAACCACUUUUUUAAUUUAGGGGACCUGAAACCGAAUCAGAAGAAGAAAUAGUCCAUUGGGGCAAAUUGUGACUUCAGGCCUGUGGUGGGUUUGUUUUGAAGGAGAAUGAAUUGAUCAGAAGUGUGUUCUGCUAAAUAUCUUUGCCCCUUUAACUGGGAAAGAGGAGGGUGUACAUAACCCAAACCCUGCCUGAUCUGAUGUGAUCCAUCAGAAAGUUUGGGAGAAUUUUGAAGGAGGUAGAGGCCAGCCACUAUUUCUCAAGGAGAGGAUACUGUCCAGGCUAGCUGGCAUACAGUUAAGUGUCAAAAUGAUACUGCAUGUGCAUGAAUACCCUAAGGAAUAGAAAACAUAGUAAGUAAAAACACUCAUGAAAAAUUUGAGAUUGAAACUGAUAAUUUUCUUUUUUAUUGCAAUCCAAAAUAAAAUACUGGAAACUUCAACUUUUCUUCAACACUUAACAUAAAAGCUUGCGUUCUCCCCCCCCCAAUCCAUCACCACUGAAAUUGAAGAAAAGAAUUAUGCAGCUAUUACAAUUUCUCUUAAGUACUCCUGCAUUUUAUCAAUGAAUGUCUUCUCAAAAUGAUGAGAAUUUCCAGUGAAUGUUCUUUUAAACAUUGAAACACCUGCCUAUUUUUAUAUUUCAUAGCUUAGCACUGCAAAAUUUAGUUUUCCCUUGUACAUGUACAUGGAUCUGUUGUGGAUUAAAGUGUCUAUUGACUGCAAGUUUAUAUUUCUACAUGUAAAACCUACUGGACAGAAGUUUACAAGAAAUAAAACAUACUUUCUGCAGGUAGACAGAGAAUGGA